AUGUCGCUCGUUAUUGCACUCAAAAAACCACGUGGUUACCUCGAACUGGCUGCGUGCUUGAUUGCUAUUUCAACCAGUGUGCUGUCUUCAUCUGGAAGAAGAACCUGGUUUGACGUGGACCAAUUGUUCAUGCUUGACAAUAAUGCCAGCGUAUCAGUCGCCAGGUAUCUUGCCAAUAACGCCACCGGCUGA